UUAUAGGCCUUCUUCUUCCUCUUUCCUUCCUUCCUUUCUUCCUGCCUGCUUAGCUGGCUGGCUGGCUGGCUGGCUGCCCUCCUUGUCAUACGAUAAGCUUUCCUUGGAUCUGGACUGCCUUCGAAGUACUUCACUACCAAACGUGAAUCAGAACUGUAGGACACCCGUGAUUUGUACUUGGAUUGGGAUUGACCAUGGCGUCGUACUUUGAGAGCCAGAUCGGGGCCCAUCGGGGCCAAUUACGUCAUAUCGGGCACAGCCACGGUCCGAGUCACUUUUGAACUGGUCUAGCCCAUCGCCCCGCCCUGCUUCCCGCCCAUUGGUCGUGUUGUCUGGCUCUCCAUCCACCCGACCCAGCUAUUUCCGGAUCUAGUACAACUAGUAUCGAUCUAUCGAUCUACCUACUUGGUAUUCAUUACAAGUCGAUUAUUGGAGAAUGACAGAAUCAGUUGUAAGCCCACCAUCCAUUUCUCGAACUACGCCCGUAUCCGGUAUCAGCUCCGUUUCCGCCCUCGAGACGACCGCCGCCGUUGCUCCCGUCACCGCUCCUGCCGCUCUCGCCCGCUCGUCGCAGCCGAUCCGGCCGCCUCCGCCACCCCCGCUCGUUCAACCGGUGGUGGACCCGGAGCUCGAGAACAAGGUCAAGCGAUCUUGCGAGCGGAUCUCGGAAAACCUGCACAUUUGCGCCAACGAGCCCUCGCUGGCCUUGUAUCGCCUGGCCGAGCACGUGCGCAAGGCCUUGCCGCCCACGGUCGAGAGUCGGGCGGAGAUCCGACGUCUCCACCAACAGCUAAACCGCACGCAUAGCGACGCUGAACAUGGCUUGGACACGGUGCGGAGCAUGGAACGGGCCUCGCCCGUCCUCAAUCAGGCCCAGGAACUGCUGAAGAAUGCCAUCUUCUUGCAGCAGCAAAUCAAAUAUGAGCAACAAAGAAGAUGUCGGAAAGAACCCUCGAUGUAUCAGCGGCUCUCCGCCCAUAUAUCCUCGGUCGAUAUUCCGGACUUUUCGGAUUUGAAAGAGACGGCCCGUGAAACGGCCAAUCGCGUUGAGCUAGCAUUGUCUUUGGGCAGCGAAUCGUCCGCCCCCAAUUCGCCCAAACCGCCUUUGUCCGGACGAGCCGCAUCGGUUCAAGAAAGUGAUCAAGGCUCGCCCAAGACGGCCAUUGCUCGCUCGCAAAGUGUGAUAGGCAAGGUCGGAACUCAUCAACAACCGCCUGUGCCGCGAAAAGUGUAAUCAUCGACAAAGACGGU